UGCAAUUCCAACGGCUGCCUUGAUCUUCUCCCUCCUCAGCAUCUUCAUUUUUCUGCCUACAGGUCGCUACUGACCCUUCUUCUAUCUCUCAAUCGUGGCACACGGUAGCCCGUGCCCCUUAAUAGCUCCCUUUGUCCUCCUUUACUCCGACUGUCAUCAAUAGCUCCCUCCCUCCUUACUUCGACAGGGGCGUCAAGAUGGCGACAGGAAGCCACAUGCAUAAUCUCACCACCCUUAUCAAGCGGUUGGAAGCCGCGACCUCCCGCUUGGAGGAUAUGGCUAUGUCACUGGAUGACCCCAACUCGCCCAAGACCAUAGCCCCCCCUGCUGUGCCUGAAGCUGCUACUCCUGAGCCUCCCAAGUCAGCUCCCGCUGCGGCACCCGCGCCGCCUCCCAUCCCGCCGCAAAUCCAGGACUUUGACACCCUGAUUAACGAGGAUGUCCGAAACUUUGUGGAACUGGGCCAGAAGAUCAAUGGCUUGGUCGGAGAACAGUCCAAGGUAGUCCUUCAAGCCUUCGAAGCCGAGCGCACCUACCUCCUUGUGUCCACGAAAGCUAGAAAGCCCGAGCAGCAGCCCCCGGAGCUCAUGACGGGCCUCCACAAUGCUUCGGACAGCAUCAACAACAUUCGCGAGUCGAACAGAGCUUCUCCUCUCUUCAACCACUUCAGCGCAGUCGCGGAGGGUAUUGUUGCCCUGGGCUGGUUUUUCGCAGACAAGCCCGCCGAUUUUGUCACUGAAAUGGCUGGAGGUGUCGAAUACUACGGAAACAAGGUCCUGAAGGAAUACAAGGAGAAGGACCGUACCCACGUCCAGUACAUCCAGGCCUACUACCAGAUCUACAAGUCCCUCGCCGCAUACCUGAAGAAGCACUACCCUAAGGGCCUGACCUGGAACGACAAGGAUGGAAUCGACGCUCAAGAAGCUCUUAGACAGGUCAAGGCCGGUAGCUCUGGCCCUGCCGCCGGCGGUGCUGCUCCUCCUCCCCCGCCACCCCCUCCAGUUCCGACUCUGAACGUUCCUGGCGGUGUUCCUCCCCCUCCUCCCCCGCCGCCCGGCGUUCCUCCUCCGCCAGCAGCAGCCCCAGCUGCACCAGAUAUGUCAGCUGUCUUCGACCAGCUGAACCAAGGUGAAGCCGUCACCGCUGGUCUUCGGAAGGUCGACAAAUCCCAGAUGACGCACAAGAACCCCAACCUUCGCGCCAGCUCCAUGGUUCCCGAUAGCCCAACCUCCGGAGGCAGCGCCGUUCGGGGCAAGUCGCCCGCGCCGAGCAAGAAACCCAAGCCGGAGAGCAUGCGCGCUCGCAAGCCGCCGCGCAAGGAUCUGGAGGGCAGCAAAUGGUUCAUCGAGAACUUCGACAACCCCGGCGAGAUCGUUGAGAUCAACGCGCAGCAGAACCACUCUAUCCUCAUCUCGCGCUGCAACAAGACGAUCUUCAAGAUCAACAACAAGGCCAACGCCAUCUCCAUCGACAACUGCACCGGCCUCUCCCUCAUCGUCGACUCGCUCGUCAGCAGCCUUGACGUCAUCAAGUCCCCCAAGUUCGCCCUCCAAAUAGACGGUGUCGUCCCCACCCUCCUCCUGGACCAGGUCGAUGGCGCUACCGUCUACCUGGGCCAGCAGAGCCUGGCCACCGAGGUCUUCUCCAGCAAGUGCACUGCAGUCAACAUCAUGCUGCCCCCUAAGGAGGGAACCGACGAGGAUACCAAGGAGUGCCCCAUUCCCGAGCAGAUCAAGACAUACGUGAAGAACGGCGUUCUGGUCAACGAGAUCGUUGAGCACGCUGGUUAGAUUUGCCUAGUGGAUAAAGACUGCAUAUACAUGUAGAAUCUUGGAUAUUACUUACCCCCCCAUCUCCGACAACAACAACAACAACAGCAACAACCACAACCUAUUACUCCCUUACCACCCAAAAUGGAGGCGAUAAUAUGCGGCAGUUGGAAACCAACUUCUUGGAACUUCAGUGCUGUGUUUUAUUCUACUCAAUCUCUGUAGAUAAAAUCUAUAUUUUUCCGUUC